AUGAGUAACGUUUUUGACAAGCUGAAGAAGCAGAGAUCAAAAGAAUGCAAAGCAACAGAUUUUUAUGAGGUGAAAAACAAAAAUGACGAUAUAUACGAAGUAGUAGAUGAAGAAGGGUACAUAGAAAAUAAAAAUUCACUUAAGGAUUUUAUUGUAGGGGGUGACAAGGACUUCGAUUCAAGUGAUGAUGUAAUAGUGGAGAACAUAAAUUAUGGAAUGCUAAGAAAGAAAAAUGUGGAAAAGGAGAUCAAGGAAAAACAAAAGAACAACCCAAUGGAUGCAUUUAUUAGAGAAAAGAAGAUUCAAAAAAAUUUUUCUAGUUGUAAACUAAGCAAAGAAGAAAUAUCAAAAACAAAAAAUAUAGAAAAAUUAAUGGAGCAAAAUUCUUCAUCAAGUAGUAGCGAUGGAGAGUCAUUUACGAAAAAAAGGAAAACAAGGGAUUCGUAUGAAAAGCAGUACAACAACAAAUCAGGUUGUUAUAUUAGAAGUAUUGAAAAUCAUAUGCACGAUAAGAAUAGUAUAUAUAAUAAUGAUAGCUCGUUUAGAAAAGUAGAGCGAAGUGUAUAUUCCUUGAGUAAUACUAGUAGUAGUAACGUUCACAGUUAUAAUAGCCGAGGUUAUAGCCGAGGCGAUAGUUCUUCCUCGCUUUAUCAAAAGAACAAAUGUAAAACCUCUUUUUUUUCACGUGCAACAGAAUUAGACCAACAGAUGCAUUCUGCACAGGUGAAGGGUGAGGUGGACAAAGACAGCGAAGGAUGGGAAAAAGGUAAUAAAUAUGAGGACCAUAAGAACUAUAGAAUGAAGAAGGGAGAAGAUGAAGAGGAAAAUGUGGGAGAAGGAAACCCAAACCAGUUAUGCGAUAGAGGAAGAAAGAGAAAAGUUAUUGAAGAUGAGAGUAUGGAGGAGUUUGAUAUAGAUAAGGAAAAAAGCAAGAAGCAAAGAAAUGUGAGUAUAGAUGAUUUACCCACAACAGGAGAAAUAAAAAAGGAAAAUUCUUUUUUUUUAAAAAAUGUGGAGGGUAAAAAAUCAAGUAGAUAUAACAUUUGUGUCAAGAAUGAAAUUUGUCAAAAUGACAAUAAUGAGUAUUAUAAUAAUAAUGAUAAUAAUCUAAUAAAAGGUAUGAACAAGUCCGAUCCGUUGGUACAUAUGGAUGAUGUGAUAAAAAAGAAGGAAAAUAAUAAGAAUGAAGAGAAUGCGUAUAAUGAUGAAGAUUGUGCAGUAAGUACAAAUAUUUUAAAAAAUAAAAAUGAUGAGUUUAUAAUAAGUGAAGAGAAUGGUUUAGUAAACGUAUACAUAUUUGAUAUAUGUAAACAUAGAAAUAGUAUAAUUCUAUUCGGUAGGACUCUAACAAAAUUUAAAAAGUAUAGGAGCAUAAGUAUAUACUUAGAAGAUAUAGAUAGAUGUUAUUAUUUUCUUUUAAAUAGAAAUAAAGUGUAUGUACAAAAUGGUGAGGAAAUAAGGUAUGGACAUGAGAAAUAUAAUAUUCAUAUCAUGUCUGACUUUGUUGAAGAAUUUAAACAAAUAAGAGAAUAUCAUAAUAUUAAAAUGGCCAAAUAUAAAAUUGUAAAAAGAAGAAAUUUAAAUUUAACAACAAAUGAAGAAGAUAUCUAUGCAAAAGUUUUAUAUUCAUAUAAUAAUGAUUCUAUAAGUGAAAAAUUUUUGCAUGGCCAAGCAUAUUCUUCCUUUUAUUGUUGUAAUGAAGAUGUCAUAGAAAAUUUUAUUAUUAAGAAAAAUUUAAAAUUACCUUGUUGGGUUAAGGUAAAAGAUUUAAAAAAAAACUCUGCUAAUAAUUUUACUUACUGCUAUUUUGAUUGCACAACAAGCAACAAAAAGAAUGUGUAUUCAUUUGAUAAAGCAGUGAGUAAGAGAUUAAGCAGUAGACCAAAUAAUGAAAGCAAUACGGGAAUAGCUUCUACUGCUACAACAUCUGCUACUAAUGGCGGAAAUGAAAAAAAUAGCACGAUACCAGAGGACACACAGAAAAAGGGAGAAACUAGUGGGAACACUUUCAUUGACCUGGAUUUAAAUAAAAUUGUUAUAAAAGUAGUUUCUUUACUUAAUGAAGAGAACAACCAUGAAGUGUUUAGCAUAUGUACCUUAGUAGAUGCAGAAGGGAUGAAGUACAUAAACUUUUGUGGUAUCUCUAGUAAGGCAAAUAAACAUGUUAGUAACAAUUAUAAUAAAAGUAUUUGUAAAGUUUUUGAAAAUGAAAAGAUAUUGUUAGAAAAUUUUCUUCAAAAAAUAAGAGCACUAGAUGUAGAUAUGUAUAUUGGUUACAACAUUCUAAAUUUUGACUUAGAAUUUUUAAUUCAUCGAUGUAAUAUCCAUAAUUUGAAUGCAGACUUUUUAAGUAGAAAAAAAAAAUUAAAAAAAAAUGAAAAGAUGAAGGUAAAUAAGUUCAACGGCACAAAUAGCACAGGCUCUAUCUACAACAUUAUCCAGAAUAUUAAGGGAAGACUCAUAGUAGACAUCUACGUUUUAUGCAAGGAUUCGAUCAAGCUGACCAGUUAUUGCCUCGACGAAAUUAUUGACAGCGUCAGGAGCAAAUUUCAGGCUACUACCGGUUCAGCGACUGUGAUUAGCAGCUCUACAACUACGGUAAGCGGUGCUACAUCUGCGGUAAGCAGUACACAGGCAAACGCAAACACAAACGGAAACGCAAAUGCAAAUGCAAACACAAAUGUAAACGCAGUGAACGUGUUUAAAGACUUCAUUGUGAACAACAUAAACCUGCUGAACUGCAGCAACAUUCACCUGUACGAUGCGCAGCAAAUUUUGGAAAAUCACCUGAACUUAUACAUAAAUAGUCAGAUUUUUUGCGUUAACGAGAUAGCGAAUGUAUGUAACGUAUUGCAGAUAAUAGAAAAGACAAGAGACCUUACAAAGUUAAGUGGAUACUUGUGGAUGAGGAGCUUGUUAUGUUAUACUAGUGAAAGAAUUGAAUAUUUCCUUCUUCAUGAAUAUAAUAAGAAAAAGUUUAUUACCCCAGUUAUUAAAAAUAAAAGGGUAAAAAAGAUAGAAAAUGAGCAAGUGAAAAAUAAAAAUAUAGCUAAAUACUCUGGAGGGUUAGUAUUAGAUCCGUUAUGUGGAUAUUACGACACCUUUGUAUUAUAUCUUGACUUCAAUAGUUUAUAUCCCUCCAUCAUUAUUGAGUAUAAUAUAUGUUUUAGCACACUAAAGUUAAAAAGCGGAGGGCAGGAUGUACAGCAUGGGCGAUCGAAGGGGGGGAGGACUGUGAGGGGGGUUCCUAAUGAUCAAGAGGGCUCAGAUCACGCAGGUAACGUGGGUAAUAAUAAUGCGUAUGGCAUUGGUGAAGAUAAUGUUGAUAACAUUGGUGUUGACAGUCCUGAUGAUAACACUGGUGUUUACCUGGUUGAUGACCCGAAUGAGUGCGCUGAAAUCGAAGAUUUUGACAAGAGCAGACAGGGUAUUUUGCCAUCAAUUUUGAAAAAUUUAGUUGAUAAAAGAGCUUUUAUUAAGAAAUUAAUUGCAAAUGAAAAGAAUAAAGAAAAGAAGGAAUUAUUACUUAUCCAGUCCCUUUCAAUAAAACUAAUUAGCAACAGUAUAUAUGGUUGUUUAGGAAACACAAACAAUCGGUUUUAUGCUAGACAUAUAGCAUCGUAUAUAACACUAAAAGGAAGGAGUUUACUACAACAUACUAAAUUUAAAAUUGAAAAGGAAUAUAACUUAAAAGUAAUUUAUGGAGAUACUGAUUCUAUUAUGAUAGAUACUGGGAUUAAAGCAAAGGGGAUUCAAAACUACAAAGAAUCGUUUAGAUUAGCACAUACUAUAAAAAAUAGUAUUAAUAAAAAUUAUAAAAAGUUAGAACUAGAUAUAGAAUGUAUAUUUAGUAAAUUGCUUUUACUAAAAAAAAAAAAAUAUGCAUGCGCUAAGGUACUAGAUCCAAAUAUGGAAAAAUGUGAAUAUGAAAUGAAAGGAAUUAACUUUAUUAAAAGAGAUUUUUGCAAAAUUUCAAAACUAGUGGGUAAUGAAGUUCUACGGAUUAUAUUCAGCAACAAGGGAAGUCAGGAUGCCAACUCGGAUGUAGCUGUGGAGAACGACUUGUCCGAGCAAAUACACGAGUAUUUGAGGACCGUCAACCAGAGGAUAGAAAAGGACGAAUUCGAUCUGGAUUACUACGUCAUAACAAAGAAGCUAACGAAGAACGUGAGCGAGUACCAGGAGAAGAAUUCACUAGGUCAUGUUCUAGUAGCAGAAAGGAUGAUAAAGGACGGCUAUAAUAUAUGUGUUAACAAGGAGAUUCAGUAUUGUGUAUGUACGAGUGAAGAUGCUUCUAGAUUUUAUAAUAAAGGAAAUGAUAAAUUGAAUAACUCUUUAUGUUGCUUUAGUGUAAAUGAAAUAAGAAAAUAUGAUUUAAAGAUUGAUAAAGAUUAUUAUAUAAGAAAUCAAAUAUUAUCACCUAUUAAUAGAUUGUGUCAAUAUAUUGAAGGAACAAGUGCAGAAAAGAUAUCAUCAUGUUUUAAUAUAUACGAUGUGAAAGAUAUAAAAACAGAUUAUCAGAAUGAUGAAAAUUAUUUAGAAGCAAAUGUUUUAUCAUUAUUAAAUGAGUCAGAGGAAAGGUUUAAAGAAAUUCAUUUGAAAGGAUUUCUAGUUUGUUCUAAUUGUUUACAUAAUGUAAAACCAACUAUAUUUAUAAAAUAUUUUAAAUGUAACAGAUGCUUCUCAUUCUUAUCCAUUGAACAAAUUCGUAAUUACAUCUUUUCCUUUAUUCAUCAUUUGUGUACUACUUUUUACAAACAGUUAUAUAUUUGUAAUAGCUGCUCAUUAAAAACGAGGAGAGUCUUCUUAAAGGAGCCCAAAAAUUGUCCUAACGUGAACUGUGAAAAUAGAAAAAACUCAUUAAAACCAUUCUUGUCAAAGAAGUAUAUAUAUAUGAUGCUCGAAUACUUUUUAUAUUUGCUUAAGGGAAACUUGAAAACAAUACCCGAUGGGUUAAGGGAGCACGCGGAUGGGGAGAGCGGCACACCGGAAGGGGCAAACAGUACAACGGAUGAGAAGAGCAUCACAGCUGAGGUACACACCGUAACCGCGAAAUAUAAUAACAAUUCAGAAAUACAGCAACAUGAGAAUGAAUACCCUCCCUCUGAUGCCAAUGUGUUCAUUUGCAUUGACAAGGGGUUUAAAACAUAUGUUACUAAGGAGGUGAAGAAUACUAAGUGGAGCAAUAAAAUUGAGUCGUUUGAUGAUAUUUGUAAAAACAAAGUUCUAGCCUUAACUAUUACUAAAGGGUUACAGAUGAAAUACCCUAAUAUUUCUAACUUUAUCACCUACUUAAAUUUGAAAAGUAAUAAUUUUUAUAUUAAUUACAAUGAAGAGAGAAACACCAUAAGAAAUGCAAUUAAAAAUAUUGUUCAGAACAAUAUAUACUCGCAGAUAUUCUUUGAUCAGGUUUUCUCGGUUUUCCAUUUGCCCCUGUCGUCUAAAAUUGCGCAGCUGUAA